AAAGUCUUCUGCUUGAAUUAAUAAUUAAAUUUAGAUAUAAAGACAUUGAUAAGUUGUCUUCAUAUUCCUUAGACUUCAAACUACCUCAAGUACCUAGGUUAGUUACUAGUAUUUUGACUUAUUUUCUCUCACUUCUCUACUCAACAGAGCUCCCCCUAACGACACUAUGGCACCCCUGAGAUCCGUUUCUGAACUUUCAUUCAUUGUUGAACGCAAUACGCGGACAUUGGAAGAUGGGUUGAAAGGAUCUCCUGGGGCUGAGUUCUCGCUUGCAUUCGGAGCACCGCCACAAAUCGAGUUGUCUCCUCCUCUUGAGGGAACCCUCGACGAGCUUCUUGAAACCAUCGAAGAACUACGUAUUCGCCUGAUGGGCCCGAUGGGCUAUCUCUUAUCUUUUCUAUUACCAACGUCCGCUGUAGUAGCUGUUUUCAAAACUCUAUAUGAAUUUGACAUCGCCUCUCAUGUUCCUCUUGCGCCUAAUGCUGAGAUAUCAUACAAAGAGCUCGCAAAAAGUUGUGGCCUCCCGGAAGAGGAUACGCGUCGUAUUGUCCAGGCCGCUAUCACAUUUCACAUGUUCGAAGAAGUUACUCCUGAUAUGUCUGUUAGACACAACGCCAUAUCGUCGGUGUUUACUGUGCCUGAAAUGAAAGAUAUCAUAGGUCUAAUUAUCGACGAGCAGUUGUCCGGCGUUACAAAGCUCGCCGAAAGCAUGCGGCGGUUCCCAGAUAGCGGGGAACCAGGACACUCUGCUUCGGUGUUAGCAAUUAGAGAGGAAAAAGCGAUUAAAGAAAUAGGUAUUGACAAAGAGGAGAUCGUUGAUCCAAGCAAGAAUUUCUUCGAUUACAUCGCCGAAGACGAGACACGAGUUGCCCGCUUUCGAUCUGCCAUGGGUGUUUCGACCAAAGCUCCGGCUCUUAAGUCGUCGUAUUUCGUCGAAACCUUGCCGUGGGCAAAUAAAUACCAGUGCCCGGAGACUGUUGUCGAUAUCGGUGGGGCUGGUGGUGAAGUAAUCCAGCUAAUUCUCCGCACGUAUCCUAAGGUCAAGAAAGGUGUAGUGUUAGAUCUCCCAGAAGUUGUCGCCGAUGCCAAAGUUCCCGAGGACCUUAACAACAGACUGGAAUACAAGAGCUACAACUUCCUCACCGAGAAAGUAACUUAUCAUGCGGAUGUAUAUGUAUUUCGCCAUAUCUUCCAUGACUGGAGCGAUCAGUACGCAGCCAAAAUUUUGAAAAACCUGGUCCCAGCUCUUAAAAAAGGGAGCAAGAUUUGGCUUUCUGAGGUUGUUCUUCCCAACUUGAGUGACGAAAAUCGGUUGAAAGAUCGAAUGCAGAGGAGCGCGGACAUCUUCAUGAAAUCCGGAUUUAACGGCAAAGAGCGUAGCAAAAGAAACUGGGAGACUCUCCUGGCUGCGUCCGACGAGAGACUUCGUAUCGUGAAUAUCACGAAGCCUCGUGGUGCUCAUGACUCAGUCAUUGAGAUUGUAUUUGAUGUUUAAAGACCACGGGAGUUUAGAAAUUAGAGAACGUUUGCUGGAUUGUAUUCAAGGAGUACGAAGUAUAUUGUAACAAUGGAAAGUUGGAAAUUGGAAUUUUAAACUACAUAGCACCAGAAAGGAACUCUCCAAAGAAUCUAAGAUUAAUAUGAUAUUCUCUCCCCUGAACCGUGGAAGUUGAAGGUAAGAUUCCAAGUCAAGACGCUGAAUCGGUUAAAUGAAUUACGGAUAGGAGGUAUGUACCUACAUAGGUGCCUUAAGUAGCUUAAGUACCUUAUCGAGCGCCCCUCAUUCAUCCUUAUCGAUAAUGGAGCUGCUUCCCCCAAA